CACACUGAAUUUAUUUUAAAUUGUAUCUUUUGGCCUAACACAAAUAAAUAAUUGUUAAUUUUAAAGAACUGUAAAAUAAUAUCACCAAUAAUUUAUUACGGCGCGCUUACGCCAAAAGCUUACGCUUACGAGUUAAUAUCGAUACAGUUAACAGUUUCUUGGUAGGUAGUACCUAUGUAGUAUUAUUGCAUUGAGUACGGAAUAUCGUCUAUCGUUACCUAUUCACUUGUGAAUUUAAAACGGGUUGCAUAGAACAUUGUUUAAUAAGAAAUAUUAAAAAGAAAAGCAAAAUGUAUCAUUGUGGUAUGAGAAAAGUGGAAGAGAGGCAUGUUGCCAAUCAAGUUGAAAUUAUGAUUUGGAGUCAUCGGCUUGAUUUACUGGCUCUCAGCAAUAAUAAAGGAGAAGUACAAGUUCACAGACUUCAUUGGCAAAAAGUUUGGUGUUUACCUCCACCAUCAGAAGAAGUUCUCGUGGACUCAAUGGCUUGGCGACCAGAUGGUAAAGCUAUAGCAAUUGGUUACAAUAAUGGAAGUGUUUAUAUUGUGGAUAUAGAGGAUAGAGCAAUUAUUGAUAAAUAUGACUUUGUUCAAGAAGUUGUAGAAGAAUCAGAGUAUAAAAACUAUGGCAUUCCCUGUAUUCGGUGGGCUGUUAAAGCUGGUACUUUGGAAAGUGCAACAGAAUAUAAUUUAUAUGAUGAUUGCUCUAUAUUCUUACAAACGCCACCAGCAACUAUAGGUUUUCCAUAUAAAAGUGGAAAUACUGAAGAAAAAGAAAAAGGUUGUGGAGAUCAUUUAGACCAAUUUAACCAGCUCAAUUUGUUGAUGAUUGCAUAUGGUACUGGAAAUAUCUUUAUGAGUGUGUUUGGUAGAUAUCCCUAUAGAAGUGUUCAUAUGUCUCAAUUUACUAAAGAUGAAUAUGGAGAUUAUGAAAUUCUAGACAUACAAAUGUCAGAUGAUUUUAGUGUGAUGCAGGUGCUGUAUGUUGAAAGAAAUACAAACAGAAUAAUUGUCUCUGUUACAAAUACAAGUGUUUUAUCUGCUUACUCUGAAGAACUUUCUAUUGUGGCCAAUAAACAUGUUCAUAUAGUACAAAUGAUUUCACAUCUUGAUAAAACUAUGAAGGCCAUUAAUGAAGCAUGGGAACAUAUUUUAUUAGAAAUGGAUACAAAAAUGGCAUAUUAUGCAUCAACUGUGCCAGAGGGUGGUGUUUCUGCAGAUUUAUUGGAGCUACUCAUGUUAGGUGUACCUUCUGAUGAAUUGGAAGUGUUUUUGUUAAGAGAGCUUACGGCAAAAGGUCUGAAGAAAUUUGGUAGCUCAGUUGAAUUAAGUUAUUCAACUAUACAAAAAUUGGUUUUGAAGCAGUUGAAUAUUGUUGGACAAAAUCUUGUAUAUCACUUGUCUGAACUGAGAGGCCUUGCUAAAAUACCAGAUCGAUAUAAGGUAUUAGGUCUUGAUGAAGCUAAGGUGACAUCUGCAAUAAGAGCUAGCUUUGCAUUUUUAAACAAAUGUCUAGAAUUGCAGCAGGUCAUAGAUGUGUCAAUGCGAAAUUACAAAGCUUUCUUCCGUUGGUUAUUUGUGGCAAUAGUUCGAUUAUUGGAUGAGCACACACCUAGUGAAAUAGUAAAAAUAACUCAGCAGGAGUUAACACAUAUUGCUGAUUUCUUAUACAACUUUGACAAUGUACAAGUGGAAAAUGAAGAGGAAACUGAAGAAAAGCCUAUGAAAUUUAAUUUAGAAAGAUUGGGUCAAUAUUUACAAGAUAACGAAUUAACAAUUUUACCAGAUGAUGAGGACAAUCCUUGGCAUAAAAUUCUUAAGGAAAAUGCAUGCCUUUUGAAAGACGAUGAUACAAUUUAUUUAACAUCUGAAUUUAAGAAAUUUUCACUGGUACAACAACAGAAAUACUUAAACCGUGAAGUUGAGGAGGUUUUUGAUAUUCAUCAUAAAGAUAUAGCAAAGAACUUUUCUGUUUUGUAUAAUAUAAAAUGCUAUGAUGGUGACGAAGAUUUGAAUGUAAAUGAAAAUGUAAGAAUUUCUCAAAUAUUUGAUCCCAAGCAGCAAAGAUUCAUGAUGGCCAUAGUCAAUACAAAAAUACCACAGCAGGGACUUUAUUUUAUGUCCGUAAGUGUCAAGGAAAGGUUAUGCUCAGCUACAACAUGUGAAUAUUUCUUUUCCCCAAGUUUACUUAAGGACAACAAACCUACAUCAGAUGAAAAUUUAGAAAUAUUAGACAUACAAUUCUAUUCACCUGAAUAUCUGUCUUUACUAUUGAAGCAUCCAUACAUGGAAGACAGCACUAUAUUUGUACAACUGCCUCUAAAAAUUGCUUUAGAGAAUUCACAAGAGUUUAAUAUGAAAUGUAGGAAUAUCAUUUUCAAUGAAGACAUGGAAAAAAUAGAUCUUUCUCCAUUAUUAGAUCCCAGUGUAUUUAAAGUUUUAGAAAAAUUGAAUGGAACUAAAAUAGCAGUGUCAGGGGCGCGAAAGGUUGCUGUUGUGCUUUCGAAUAUACAAAGGAGAGUAAGAGUUUUUGAAAUGGAAAUAAACGGUGAGGAUGAAGAUGAUGACACGUUGGACACAACUCCACAAUCAAAUUUAACGAAUAACAGUGAAACUAUUGCAUCUACUAGUAAUGCGACUGCAGGAAAUAUCACAUUUUAAUGUAAAUAAAAAGAGAAUACACCAAAAAAUAAAUAUAUUUUAUCUUA